GCAGAACGGAGUCAGUUCAUUAGCACUGUGGCGCUGUGCGCAGCUCAAGUUGAAGGCUACUAAUCGUCACCACGAUACUUCAGGGAAAGAUAAGACUACAAUUCAAGAGGAAAACAAUGAGUUACCUAAACGCAUGAAGUGCAAUAGUCUGUUUUCCACACGGUUGCACCUGCAUAACCUUAGGUUUACGCGACAAUCCACUAGUUGAGCGAAGGCAGCGCACGGCGCAUAGGGACAGAUCAUGCACUGUCAAGCGGAGCUGAGGCUCUCCUCCCCGGGCCAGCUGAAGGCUGCCAGAAGGCGCUACAAGACUUUUAUGAUUGACGAGAUCCUCUCGAAGGAGACCUGUGAUUACUUUGAGAAACUUUCUCUUUACUCAGUGUGUCCAUCGCUCGUUGUGCGACCGAAGCCUCUCCAUUCGUGUUCGGGCUCCUCAUCACUACGUGCCUACCCUCUCCUCUCAGUGAUCACAAGGCAGCCCCCACACAUCCCCCAAGUAUCCUCCCCGGGAGGGGUCCACUCGCAUCUGCCGCUGCUCUCCCCGCAGCACCUGCGAUGCUCCGAGCCCUCACCCAGCCAGACGCCCCUCAGCAUCAGCAGUGAGUCGGACACAGAGCAUGGCACACCCCGCCUGAAGAAGCCACGCCGCAGCCGCACCAUCUUUACCGAGCUGCAGCUGAUGGGCCUGGAGAAGAAGUUCCAGAAGCAGAAGUACCUGUCCACACCUGAUAGGUUAGACCUGGCCCAGUCACUUGGCCUCACACAGCUCCAGGUGAAGACAUGGUACCAAAACAGACGCAUGAAGUGGAAGAAAAUGGUGCUCAAAGGAGGUCACGAGGCCCCGACAAAGCCCAAGGGAAGACCCAAGAAGAACUCCAUCCCCACCACGGAAGAAAUAGAGGCUGAAGAGCGAAGACUGAAGAUGGAGGAGGAGGAUGACAGGGUGAGGAGGGUGGAAGAGAAAGCAGCACUGGCUCAAGGAGGAGAGGCAGCUCAGCUCGAACCUCAAGAUCUCAGUACAGAAACUCUCAGUCCAGCAGCAGCAGCGAUGGAGAGAUCCGAGCGAGAGCUGCCGGUUCUGAUGCAGUCAGAUACUCACACAGCUAGCUAAGCAAGAACAAAAUAACCAAAGACUAUCGCCGACCUGAAAACAAAGAGUGCCUCAGGAUCACUGUAAAAAGCCUGUGUGGUGUUUAAAGCCAUAUGCUUUAGGAGUUUGACUGGAAACACAUUGAUGGUGUCAAAUCUAUACCUGAUGUAGCCUUUUAUAUUUCUGUGCAUUUCCAAAUGUACCAUACAAAGAGCUCGUAUGAAUAGAUACUGACUGUGCUGGUAAAAUGUGGCCUUUGUUUGAGCAGGUUCCCUCUCCAAGGAGUGUAAAUCUGUCUAAUCCAAGCAGGUCUUUCGUAGCUCAAUAUGAGUCAUGCAUCACCUUUUCGUGCAUUACAACCAUUAAAGAUCACUGAUCCUCUAAGCUGCCUCACAUAAUGCGCGUGCCAAAUGAUCAAGAUAUGCCUUACUGCGGUGUCUUUACAUAUCUAUGUAUUAGGCCUAUAAAUCACUUCACUACCAAAUACUAGAACUCUAAGUGGCUACAGUGCCUUGUCUGUCUCAGAGGAAAGCUUUGUAAGUAUUGAUAAAGUAUCUAUUAAAUGCAAGUAUAUUUUGCAGUGAUUUUUGUUACAAUUUCUGUUCUUAGAGACGAAACAACUUGCUUUAUUUUGAUUCCGCACAGCUUUAUGCCACCAAUGUUCUCAUUAUUUGGUCAGUAGAGCUUGCAUUUUUUACAUGUCAGUCUGAAAAUCGAUAUUUCUGCCAAGCCAUACACUGUAUCAUACUGUAGAAAUGUGUAUAAAGUAUAAAAUAUAUGGUUUUUGGAUCUAUCUGAAACAGUAUUUUUAACUGCUGUUUUAAAUUGGAUGAAAGUAUUUCGUAUGUCUGAUGUUUCUGCCAUCCCUGAUUUUUCUUUUUUUUUUUUUUCGUCUUCCUUUGGAGUCAGUUUGACUGUGCUUUCUGCCAUGAGGCCACUAAGACUCUUAAGCUGUCAGAGAUUCUCAGAGGGAAUAAAUCUCAGCCUGUGCCAAGGUGCACAGCAAACGCUGAACAUCUAAAAUCUGAAAAACGUUUCCAGCCUGCAGGCUCUGCAUGACUACCCCAAUCAGUGUGUUAGCAUAACGCUGUCAACUGCCUGUCACUGACUUCUAUAUACACUCCCAACUACACAGAUAAUGUAAUUACAGACUUACACUUUUUGAAAUAUGCAGAUUUAUUUUUAUUUUUUAUUGUCUCAUAAGAAAA